GAGGGAGGAGCGGGCAGACUCAGCGCACAGAAUCCAAUGAGACAAUGUACAUCGCUGUGCGCCUAUCGCCGGGGCAAUGAGUGAGCGCAGAGACGCAGCGGGGGACGCGAUGCCUUAGCGCCUGUCGCUACUUCCCCGGGGGUGCGGGGCUGUCUCGGCGACUUUGUGCCGCUGUCUCAGCGCUGAUGCGGUGCCCCCGGCGGCUUCCAGCCCAGGGCAGAGUAGCGAAGCGGCGGCACCAUGCCCGUCAUGAAAGGCUUACUGGCUCCGCAGAACACUUUCCUGGACACCAUCGCUACCCGAUUCGAUGGGACGCACAGCAACUUUCUGCUGGCUAAUGCCCAAGUGCACCAUGGCUUUCCCAUCGUUUACUGCUCCGAUGGAUUCUGUGAUCUCACAGGCUUUGGCCGGACGGAGGUUAUGCAGAAGAACUGUACCUGCCGAUUCCUGUACGGAGUGGAGACCAGCGAGAAUGUUAUUCAAGACAUCGAAAGGGUGCUGGAUGAGAAGCAAGAAUACCAGGCGGAAGUCUGCCUCUAUAAGAAAGAUGCAAAUCUUUUCUGGUGUCAGCUGGAUAUUGUGCCCAUCAAGAAUGAGAAGGGAGAGGUUGUCCUGUUCUUGUUCUCCUUCAAAGACACAACAGAGAUCAGAAUGCGCAUGCAGUACAGUGACAAGAAGGAAGAGAAACACAAGAAUAGGCGCUCUGGUUCAUCACACUUCAGGUCAUCAAGAAGACAAAGCAGGACCAUGAUGUGCCAGAUGUCAGGCCAAGUAGCUGGGAGAAACAAGAGUGACCUUAAACUCAAUAGUAACCUCUUAGACAACAAGCCAUCCCUGCCUGAAUACAAAGUAGCCUCUGCUGAAAAACCCCGCUUCAUUCUCCUCCAUUAUAGCAUCUUCAAAGCACUGUGGGACUGGCUCAUCCUAUUAGCCACCUUCUACGUGGCCGUCACUGUCCCUUACAACGUUUGCUUCACUGGCCACGAUGACAGUGUUUCUGCGGCUCGUAGCACCAUCGUCAGUGACAUUGCAGUUGAAAUGCUCUUUAUUAUAGAUAUCAUCUUGAAUUUUCGGACCACCUAUGUCAGUCAUUCUGGACAGGUGGUGUAUGAAACGCGCUCUAUCUGCAUCCACUAUCUCGCCACUUGGUUCUUUGUAGACCUCAUUGCAGCUUUGCCUUUUGAUCUUCUCUAUGCAUUCAAUGUCACAGUGACGUCUCUCGUCCACCUACUAAAGACCAUUAGGCUGUUGAGGCUGCUGAGGCUGCUGCAGAAACUGGACCGCUAUUCUCAGUACAGCGCCAUGGUGCUAACCCUCCUCAUGUCUAUGUUUGCCCUCCUCGCUCACUGGAUGGCCUGCGUCUGGUAUGUCAUUGGCCGGAAGGAGAUGGAAAGUAAUGACCCAGUAACCUGGGACAUUGGUUGGCUACAUGAGCUCGGAAAGAGACUUGAAGCUCCCUAUAUAAACAACUCUAUUGGUGGCCCGUCCAUACGUAGUGCGUAUAUUGCCUCCCUCUACUUCACCCUCAGCAGCUUGACCAGUGUUGGUUUUGGCAAUGUGUGCGCCAAUACAGAUGCCGAAAAGAUCUUCUCCAUAUGCACCAUGCUGAUUGGAGCUCUCAUGCAUGCCGUGGUGUUUGGGAAUGUAACCGCCAUCAUCCAGCGCAUGUACUCGCGGCGUUCCCUCUAUCACACUCGCGUCAAGGACCUCAAGGACUUCAUUCGCGUUCACUGCCUGCCGCAGCAGCUCAAGCAGCGCACGUUAGAGUACUUCCAGACAACCUGGUCUGUCAACAAUGGUAUUGAUGCUAAUGAGCUCCUGAAAGACUUCCCGGAUGAGUUGCGUGCCGAUAUUGCUAUGCACCUGAAUAAGGACAUACUGCAGCUUUCCGUGUUUGAGACUGCCAGCCGGGGCUGCCUGCGUGCCCUCUCGCUGCACAUAAAGACCUCCUUCUGUGCGCCAGGGGAAUACCUCCUGAGGCAGGGAGAUGCCCUUCAGGCCAACUACUUUGUCUGCUCAGGGUCUCUAGAAGUCUUGAAGGAUAACAUGGUGUUGGCCAUUCUGGGUAAAGGAGAUCUGAUCGGUGCUGAUUUGUCCAACAAGGAUCAGGUCAUUAAAACAAAUGCCGACGUGAAAGCUCUGACGUAUUGUGAUCUGCAGUACCUUAGCCUAAGGGGACUUCUGGAGGUUUUGGAACUAUAUCCUGAAUAUUGCAACAAAUUCAGGGCAGAUAUCCACCACGAUCUCACCUUUAACCUGCGAGAGGGCAGUGAGACCAAUGGUUGUUACAGAUUCUCCCGGUCGCCCCGUCUGUCACAGCCUCGCCCGGAAUCCGGUGCCACUCCUGAGAAAAAACUGGCAUCAAUCUUGGAAGAUAACGAUGAGACAGAUGAUUACUUCCGCCAUUCGCCAGCCUCCAUGACUCGCAGAAAGCUAAUGCUGCCCAACCUUAACAGCCCCAUACGGCGCGGCUCCCUCAGCAGCCUCCUUGGUGAUGAGUUGCGACAGUUCCACGCUUUCAGACGCAACUGCCGCUCGCCAGGCCGCACCAACCACGGCAGAAGCCCCUCCCCUCAGUGUCGCAAAGCAGAGAGAGUGAUUGACACAGAGGGGUCACACAAGCCUGCCAACCUUCUCAUCCCUGCUCUAAACACUUACGCUCCUCCAAAUUUAAGCCCUCGAGUUGUAGAUGGAAUAGAGGACAGUGGCGAUAUAUCUGAGAGCCAGACUUUUCAGUUUAAUGUCGACAACUCUCGAGCGAGAUCUCCCACCAGACAAUCGCCACCUGCAGGAGUAAAAGUGAUGAAUCCAAUCUUGGCCGCUGAAGCAGAGGAAAUAAAACAGAACAUCUGCAGGUUGAACCUAGAGAUAAACAAUCUCAACCAAGAAGUAUCUCAGCUCAGCAAGGAGCUUCAGCACAUGAUGCGCCUACUCCAGACCCUUCUGGCUGCUCAGCAGUACAAUGCCACCAUUGGAUGUCCCUACACGGUCCAAGUUGUGUCCACACCACCUUCAGCCCAUCUGAGUUGCAACGAGCAGCAGGCAAGAUCCAACUACAAUGCCCCCCACCCUGUGCACAUCGUACAGGAACCCCCCAUGCAGAGAACAGUUGGACACGCUCCAUUUCCUUCUGACAUUGGAUACGCUCAAGUCCAUUUCGCUAGAGUUUCUCCAGAUGCAGAGAAUUUCCAUGCUUCAAGGGACUGGGGGUACAUUCCUACUAACACCCUUUGUACAACUGGGACACCUUUGUCUCAUGAAGAGAUGGAAAGGGCCAGGUUACUACAGCACCCAGAAGAAGCUACUCCUGUUCAACAGACUUAUGGUUCUCCAACCUCAGGACCUCCUGUGAUUGGUCACUUAUCUAUGACCUCUAUGAGUUCUGUACAUUCCUUUUCCGACUGCCCAAACGAAAACAGUUCACCCCAAACGAUUUCCAGCAGCGACCCUAAAACUCAGACCUGACUCAGCACAACAGGAGCGUUCGUUGAUAGGAGUUCAGGGCACGAUGCUUGACAGCCCCCAUAGUAUAAGAAUAAUAGCUGAGUGGAAUAUAGUCUUUAUUGAAGCACAAGAAACCAAAACCAUAUUUCAGUAGACGGUUUCAUUCCUAGCUGCAUGUUAUGAGAUAUCUUAGAAUACAAGGACUGUUUUGAAGCCAGGAGGCAGAAUCCAACCGGCGAGGCUCUGAACGUGGAGUGAGACGAUAAGAAGCUCUGCUAAUUAGUACAGAAAGCGGAAAGUGAUUGUCUCAGCACGGUCUAUUCAUGAUCAAAAAGCAAACCCAGGCUGUAGAGAAGAAUGGUUUCUAUAGAGAGAGCUUGGGUUGGUAUAAAUUACAGACUUCCGAGCUGCCACAAUGUGGUUCUGUAGCGGAGCAAAGUGAAAUGCACACGUGUUAAUAAGGACUAUGCAUUAAUCCUUGCUAAUCAAUAUGUAGUGAGACGUCCAUGAUCGGGAAAGACCAUUAUGUCUACCCCCCUACAAACUAGAAAUGCUGCUCCUUUAUCUCUGCAAGUCCAUCUCGACAGGUCCAACAGGUUCUACAAAAGCCAGACAGAUGCCGGAACAUACUAAAAGGGUUUCAGUGUUCAUUUUGGGGGCAAAUAUAUCCAGGGUCAGACUGGGGAUGUGUGGGCCCAUCGGGGCUAUAGCCCAUCCACCCCCCACAGGAGCCCCCACUGCCCACACAUGCCCCCCAGUUGCAUGUACACGCCUCCUCCGGGGCCCCUUCCAUCCCCUGAGCGUGCAUAAAUAGAGGCAUUCGGGGGAAGGCAGUUGGGAUCAGGGUUGGACUGGGGGGUGCAGGGCCUACCGGGGCUCCCACCGGCCGCGUCUCCUAACCCCCCCCAGUGGCCCCCCUAACCCCCUGCAGGGGCCCGCACCCGGCAUCCUCCCC